CCGUAUGGGAAUGAAAAUUUUCGGUUAUCCAAACAAUGGGCAUCUUCUUUGUGGGGUUUUAGGGUUUUAGGGUACAUUUCGAGCUCGAAGACAUUGACAUUGAACCAAGAAUUAGGGUUUUGAAAUGGCUUCCCGUUGUCAGUUUUGGCUUCCAAAGAAGAACAGAUUCUGUGCAGUUGCUCCAAUUAACGAUUCCAAAUUUUGUGGCAAUCAUAGCUCCAGAGCUGAUGGAGACAUGGUUCCAUGCCCUGUAGACCCGUCUCACUCUGUGCUUCGAGAAAAUCUUCAAGGGCAUGUAAAGAGGUGUCCAUUAUUGAAACAAACUCAAUCAUUGGCUGGCCAACCCUUUUAUCAAAAGGGCAUCAAUGCUGGGGAGGAGGAUUCGAUGUCGGCAAAUGGACCGGAUUCGGGUUUGUCAGAUAGUAUUUCCUCUGAAAUGAAGAGGAAUAUUGUUUAUGGUAUGUCUGGAGAUCAAUUUCAUCGCCUUCUUGGAAAGAUUAGAGCUCUUCAUGAUCUGAUAUGCAAGGAUAUUCAAGACUCUUAUCAGAUAAAGGAAGCUUGCAAUAUGUGGAUUAAAGGGGAAAUAGAUAGGAAAAUUCCAUUUCAAGAGAAACACGUUCUGCAGCAGGCUUCAAUUCUCGGAAACUUGGACGAAUUUGGAGUGCUGAGGAAUUAUGAUGGAGGUCAACAACGUGAGGGCAACCGAUCAUAUGGCAAUGAUGCUAAUGUCGUCCCCGCCGUGGUUGAGUUUGGAGCAGGAAGAGGCUACCUAACUCAAAUGCUUGCAGAUUGUUAUGGUAUCAAGAGGGUGUUUCUGGUUGAGCGGAAAUCAUACAAACUGAAGGCUGAUCGAUCACUGCGACAGAAAGAGAGCUUGAUUUUAGAGCGUUUGAGAAUCGACAUUGAGGAUCUAAACUUGAAUGCCGUCGAAUCUCUGAGGCAUAAUCCUUACUUAGCCAUUGGUAAACAUCUCUGUGGGCCUGCAACAGAUUUGGCUCUCAGAUGUUGCCUUACCAAACAACCCAAUCAGGCUGAUACCGAACAGUGCAGAGAUAAGUCAAAAUUGAAAGGUUUGGCAAUAGCGACAUGUUGCCAUCACCUUUGUCAAUGGAAGCAUUACACAAAUAAGAGAUAUUUAUUAGAACUGGGAAUCACAAAAGAAGAAUUUCUUGCUAUCACAUGGUUCACUAGUUGGGCAGUGGAUGCUAAUCACAGUGAAGAUAUUUCAGAUGUUACGGACUCAAAAACAUUUCUUCAAUCUAGUGAAAAUGAAAGCGAUGGGAUGAUUGGGUGCACAGUAGACGAAAUUGUAAAAAGUAUGAAUCCAGUGGAAAGGGCAGUCCUGGGAUUUAUGUGCAAGGAGAUUAUUGAUAUGGGAAGACUAAUGUGGCUGAAGGAAUGUGGAUUGGAAACACAGCUUGUUAAGUAUGUUCCAUCUACCAUUUCCCCUGAAAACCAUUUACUAAUUGCUAAAUGCAGAAAUAUUUGUGCUACGUAAUUAUAUGCUGCAAUUUAAAUUUUUAUUUAUGGUUUAUUGUGAGAAUAAGUGGGUUAGUAUUAACUCUUCAACAGUUUGGUUGUUUAGAAACAAGCAUUGAGAAUCAAGGAUGUGAUGAAGAAAGAGCGCAAUCUUUUUUUCUUAAAA